UACUGUGAGAGCUGAAAAAAACCUAAUAGAUCGCAUCGUACUAUUAUUCCUGUGAAAACACACAACCAAAUUCGAACCCUAAUUGCUAGGUUUCCGCCACAAAUUGCCGCCAUAACAAUUUCAACAACUGCAUCUAGAUCUCAAAUCAAAUCCCACUGGUUUGUUUCUGAUUCCGCAGUAGUACUAUUUAGGGAUCUUCAUUGCUUUUCAAAUUGAUUUCGGUACAGAUCAAAGUAUUAGCUUCACUAUUGGAAACCUCGAGGAUCAUUGUAAAGACAUCACUUCACCGUUGUUUUGGUAAAUGAAAGCUGGCAUGCCAUCAGAACCAGGGGCUGUCGAAGGCUUUGUCAGUUUGAUGGUGUGGUAAAUCACUUCUUUAGGGAAGUUCUCUCCAGUAGUAUUUCUCAAGCGGAAUUUAAUCCGGCUUUAACCAUAGAAGUUGAAGACAUUGGUGGCAUUGAAAAGAUUCAAAACUGUGGAAUUUAAGGGGAACAAAUAGAUGAGUAGAAAUGAGUAGGUUGUCUUUCAGGCCUCGACCACUUGACAUUCACAAGAAGCUCCCCAUUCUCAAGUCCUUCAAGGACUUUGAAGACGACGAGACACCCACUUCUACCCGUAAUUCCCAAUUGCUACGCAUUGUUCCUGAGGUUGAACAUGAGGCCCACGUUCAACAGGCUCCCAGCAAGAAAUUGGCCUCUGAAAUACCCACUCCUCAGUAUGUUUAUGUGGAUACAUAUGAAAGGGACUAUUCUUGCACUUUCGUUCAACCAACUUCCUAUUUGCGGGCAAGAGGAGCUAGGGCCGAGAUUGGAGAGUUUGUUGAGUAUGAUUUGGACAAUGAAGAUGAGGAUUGGCUCUCGGAGUUUAAUGAAGAAAGGGAUAUUCUGACACCUGAAAUGUUUGAGAGUCUUCUUUUCAAGUUGGAGGUGUUGGAUCAUAAAGCUCGUGAAAGAGCUGGCCUUUUAACAGCCACUCUUGGUUCGCCAAUUCCUGUGCUACUACGAUUUGAAACUGCUAUGGAGACCUUACAAUCUCUAAAUGUCAAAUACACAAUUCUCGAGUCCGUGUAUGAUUAUUGGAAAGAAAAGCGAAUACAGUGGCUAAAGCCUAUUUUGCGACGUUUGCAGCCAGCUCCAGCUGUUAAUGACACCAACCCAUAUAAUGUCUUUCGUCCAAGGGAAAAGGCCCAUAGGCUUCACACAAGAAGGAUGCAAAGAAGAGAAAACAAUGUGCAGUCGUUUGAAAAGCUUCGCCAGGUUAGGCGCAACCUUGACCAAGCCAAGAGCUUGUUGGAAGCUUUGAUCAAGAGGGAAGAGAAAAAAAGAGACGUAAUAGAGAGUGAAGUUACACUACAGAGGAUGCAAAUGAAGUACAAGCAUGAAACAGAAUUUUUGGAAGACAACUUGGCACUGUCUGGGUUUACUCCCUUCUCUUCCAAGCUUGUUUCAAGUGAAGAGGAAUAUUUUGAUUCAGACGAUGUCAUGACCAGCCUUCUUCCUCGCUCACGAUCUACUGUACAGAAUUUACAUCCCUAUGACUCCAACCUGCCCAUGGUUCCUACAGUCAGCGCAAAGCAAGAGUUAAAGAGGAUACAUGUUCCACAUGGAUGGCCACAUAAACUGGAUCCACUUGAACCCGUUUUAUUGUUCACAAAGCCGUUACUUCCUGGUAAGUUGGCAGUGGCAGGUAUUUUGCCACCUGAUUCUGUCGCAAAAAACGGGGGGUCAGCACAACCACCAUAUACAUUUCGUGGAAGAAUUGGCAGAGGUGGCCGCAUAAUAUUUGACAGAUCGAAUUUGCUUAUGCAAACUCCAAUUGAUUGUGGUAAUUCUUAUUAUAUGCCGCCAAAACCAAGACCUUCAACAUGUAACUAACUUGUUCAUAUAAUCUGGUGCUAAAUUGGUACCCUCCCCUGUUGGUUAGGAUUUUAGUUUAUAAUCAUUAGGAAGAUACAAGAUUGUUUUGGGGAACUUGUAAACAUGGUUUAGGGUCUGCAAGUUUUUUUCUUGCUAUACAAGGCCUUCAAGUGUUUCAAUGGGGUUUUGUAUUAUGUUUAA